UAUGACUAUUCUGAUGCAGUUGGGAAAAUGUUAGACGGGAUGUUUAUCCGUGAAAACAUCAUCAGAAGCUUGCACUUGUGAAUGUUUCGUGUUCCCCGGUACGGAUGUGUAUAGAAGAAAACUCCAGCUGCUAUGAUUGUCUGUGUUAGCGUUGCAUGGUACUGUUUUUAGCUCUAGGCAAAUGCGUGGCGUGAAUAGCGCAAACUCACGAAACCAAUGUCAAGAAUGCGCCGAGCUAGCUAAAGUGACAUUUUGACACGGCCCACCGUUAUUUUUAGCCAUGACCGUUACGUGUUUUAGUCUAUCUGCUUUGCGGUCGUUAUCUUCUGGACCGUACAGAUAAAACAGCAGCUGGAUCUCAAUCAGUGUUUCCAGUUCGGGACGCGCUGAAAUGGACGCCCCAGCUCCAUCACCCCAGACAGAUUUCUAGGGGUGACAUCAGGAAAUCUACCACAUCCCGACCCUGUACAAACACCAGAAUCCAAAACGGUGACUUUCUUUCUUUCUAUGACACACCCAAUUUAUGCCCAGCUAGAUUCGGUUGAAUCGCUGUUUGGCGAACUCCCAUAUAUGUUUUAUCUGGGCCUGUUCUUUGUGAACGUCCUGAUCCUCUACUAUGCCUUUCUGAUGGAGUACAUCGUCCUGAAUGUGGGGAUAGUAUUUCUGCCCGAGGACAUGGACCAGGCGCUGGUGGACCUCGGGGUGCUGUCCGACCCGGCCUCUGUCCCUUACGACACGGACACGGAGUUGGAUGUGUUUGAGGGGUAUCUGGAGUGACGAGGCGGUCCUGGAGGAAGAACAGGGGACUUUAGGUGGUGGUGGUGGUGGUGAUGAUGAUGAUGAUGAUGCAGAGGUCCGGGUCAGAUUGGGCCAUCGUGCAUAAUCCCUGCACAGUGAUGUAGUGGAAAAAGAUGUAUCAGUGAAAAGUCUCCAGAAGGUUGAGUCUUAAAAGAAGGUGGCCUGAGGAAGAGAUCCAGCACGACCAGCCGUACGAUCAGCGACUGUCCCACUGAAGAAACAAUGUGCAUCGGAUCAGCUGGCAGUCACUCUGCUGCCACAGCUGUUGACUCCAGUUGGAGACCAGAGGGCUAACGCUGGCACCCAUGUCCCUCCCUUUGGACACAAGGAAAAAGACAGCUGUUUUUGUGGAAGAAAAAUGAAUGAUUUCAGAGAUGUGGAGGAUUUCAUCUGCAUUGCAACCAGUUCAGAUACAGCAACUUGGUAUUUCUACCAAACAGUUAUCCAGACUGUGCAAGAUCUGUUUGCAGAAGGAAAUGACUUGAAAGUUUGUCACUCCAGCUGCAAUGUGAUAUCCUACAUUGUGAGGCAUCUCAGAAGAACUGAUGAGCAGGAACAUAAUGUAGAAUGUGGUCUGUCUCAUACUUAAUCACUCACAGCGCAAUUUCUUUAAUCUUAACUUUUCAGAAUAUUGAAUGCAUCGCUGCUGUGCAAGCUCACUCAUCAUUGAGGUCAUCCAUACUGUGUGUCUGCUUCAGGGAUGUACACACUCUCAGGAGCACAGUUAGGAACACUGGGGGUACUGGGAAGAUAAAACACUGGAUUGUCAGACUAUAAAGCAUGUAGAAGUGCCCUGAACUCUACAAGCGCUCAAAAGCAGGAGCAGUACAGUGUAAUACACUUCUAAUAACUCACCUUAAUGCCAGAAGUAAUUAAAAAAAAUGGAGUAAUUCCUUUUAGCUUAUGUCACACUGGAUAAUUGGGACCAUAUGCAAAAUGUUAUUUUCCACAAAAUAAAUUAACAGAACUAGUUUAGUUAUGACAGCUGUGGUCACAUCUGGCUUAAUGAUAGCAGUGGGGUGGGGUCAAAUGCUCAAACUUCAAAGAGAAAGAGUGCUUCAGAUAUUUGAUGCUGAUCCAGUUUAAUCUUAUACUGUUACGUUAGACAUAGAUGAGACCCAUGGUAUUGGCUGGAUUUUAGCAGCCAAAAUUCUGUUUUAUCACAUUUGUGUUUACUUGUUCUGAAUUUAGUAUUGAAAUGUUUUUUCUUCACAGCAAUAAGAAACUGGAUUCAAGCAUGGGGGCAACAGUCAAACAAAUGAGAUCACUAAUCAGUUACUCCAAUCAUCUGCUUGGUUUUGGUUGUGGAUGGGUGG